AUCAAUCCAUGGCAUCCGCAACAGAUCUGCUUCCCAUCUUCACCGUCAUUUUCCUUUGUUCUGCUGGAACGAUAUUCGACUCUCCAUUGAAGAAAUUCUUUAAACCUCGUCAAGGUCAGCCGUUUCGAAACAAUGGAUUCUACCAUUCCAGACCCAACUCAGAUCUUCAUCCUGUCCGGGCAGAGUAACAUGGCAGGCCGGGGUGGUGUAAACAAACACCGCCAUUGGGACGGAGUAGUCCCAUCAGAAUGCCAAUCUCACCCCUCCAUCCUCCGUCUCAGCGCCAAGCUCAACUGGGAACAAGCGCGUGAGCCACUCCACGCCGACAUCGACACUGCAAAGGUCUGUGGGGUGGGGCCGGGGAUGUCUUUCGCCAAUCUAGUGAGGGAGCGCGUGGGGGGAGAGACCAUAGUGGGGCUGGUGCCGUGUGCGGUGGGAGGAACGGCGAUCAGAGAGUGGGCGCGUGGCGAGAAAUUAUAUGAGCACAUGGUGAGUAGGAGUAAAGAAAGUGUAAAGAGUGGUGGAGAAAUUAAAUGUAUGCUGUGGUACCAAGGAGAGAGUGACACGUCUACUCAGCAAGAUGCUGAUGCGUACCAGAGAAACAUGGAAACCCUGAUUCAUAAUGUGAGGGAAGAUCUGGGUUUGCCUUCACUCCCAAUAAUUCAGGUUGCAAUAGCAUCGGGGGAUAAAAGAUACAUGGAGAAAAUUAGGGAGGCACAAAUGGGGAUAAAUCUUCCAAAUGUUGUGUGUGUUGAUGCCAAGGGGUUGGAGCUCAAAGAAGAUCACCUUCACCUUACUACAGCAGCCCAGGUAAAGUUGGGUCACAUUCUGGGCGAAGCAUACUUGAAGCAUUUUGCAGGCUCAGCUCAAUCAUCCAAAUGUUGUAUGUGUUUAUGCUAUCUGCCGAAACUUUUUAGAUCAAAUUAAAUGGCUUGUCUUUAACGACUGGGUUCUAUGUGAAUUUGAUUCUUAUGUUGUAGAGAAUUUUUAUAAACCCCCAUUUGUGUGUUAGGAAGAAGGUCUGCAUCCAAAGAAGAAGCUAAGCUUCACUCAUUAACUAAGAGCUCGACGUGAGUGUGGCAAUCCAAACUUCAGAGGUGAACAAGAAGCCUCUUUUCUGCUAUUGGCUUAAGAUUUUUAGGGAUAUUUGUUGUAGUAAUUGUAGGAUUAAGUUAGUGGGUCUGAAAAAAUAUCACUGGACACGAAUUUUUAUCGAUUUUAUUCAAGUGAGUGUGAUAUAUCUUCAAACUAUGCCUGUUAAGAUGAUGCAAUGACUUCAAUGGAGAAAGAAAAGAGCAUUCUGGUCUUCAUUGAUUGUAAAAAUGGCUUAAUCUGGUCUUGACAUUUCAUAUCGUCCCAACUGAAUGGAUUUUUGUUUCGUUGGUGUCAUGUCUUUGGAUCUGCAAUUCUGUCAAGAUUGUAGUCUUCUUGUGCCUACCGGCCAAUAAUCUUGGUUGUUCUACAGUGAAAUUUGCAUUUGAAGGAC